AUGCAAUUCAAUCACCCAUCCUAUUUGGAUUAUGUGACCAGCUCUUCCUCGCUGCAACAACAAGGUGCUCCUCCCAAUUCGGCCAUGCCCUAUUCAUUGGAUCACUUGCAACAGCAACAACAACACCAACAGCAGCAACGUAUGGCUUAUCCAUCCAUUCCAGGCAUUCAACAUGGCUUCCCAGCAGAUGUGUUUGCAACCCAACAAGCUGCUACUGCUGUGCCACCACAAGCUGUACCUCAAGUGAAACCAAAAAGAAAACAAGUCAAGAAUGCUUGUGUCAAUUGUCAAAAAGCAUGCAAGAAAUGUGAUGAUGCAAGACCUUGUCCUCGUUGUAUCAAGUAUGGUCUUACGGCGACUUGUGUGAAUUCGGUUCGAAAGGAACGUAAAAAAGGUGUCAAACGUGGACCCUAUAAGCAACAAACUGCAUCACAGGCUGCUUCACAACCCACCACACCAGUGCCAACCAAUCUUUCGGCUGUGCCAGCUGCUGCUGGUAAUGGUGCAGAUGCAUUGUUGUUGAACAAUAGCCAUCCUUACAUUCGAACAUUCCAUGGCACCGGCACCAAUCCAUAUCACCAAGCAGGCGCUAUCAUGUCACCAUAUACCGUGCCUGGAAUUAUGCAGCAAAUUUACCCUACAGGCGGUGAGUAUCAGACUCAGCAACAGCAACAGCACGCGGCUGCUUCCCCCGUAAAACAGCAAGCCGAGCCGACGACGACAACGACAACAACGUCAAAGGAGACAACGUCCAAUAGCGCCGACUCCGAAGAUGAUGGCAAGUUAAACAUCCUCUCACAACUAUGCAGCGCUGUUCUCGAUCACUCCGACACUCCAAAAGAGGAAGUCAAGCACCAGGAACCCGCCAAAAAGGAGCCCUAUGCCUUAACUACACAACAGCAACAACGCCCUCCUGCUACAUCAAUGGCUUACACUCAUGCCACAGCUGCUGCUGCUCCCACAUCGCUUUAUGCAUCGGCUUCUUUGGAUCAUACUCAACAACAACAACAGCAACAACAACCACCACAACAGCAAUUGUGGCCAUUACCAUCUCUUCAAUCAGUCGUACAACCUGAUCGUGCCUUGUAUUAUCAACAACAGCAACAACAACAUCAACAACAACAACAGCCUAGCGACAAUGCCAAUGACAACACCAACACCCCUAAUCAAUGGAAUGGUUCUCAUUGGCAGCUCCCAUAG